AACAAGGCUGUGGAAAGGUAGCCCCUCUCUUUUCACCAUGCUUUAGGGUCCUGCAAUGGCAGAAGACGAGUCUCCGGACAAGAAAAGACCCAGGAGAAAACUGUCCCUCUGCAAGAGCAAUAAAAAAUCUGCAAGAAGAAACUGCAAAGAGGGGCUGUCUUCAGCCCCAGACUCUUCUUCCAUUAUUUCUCUUUUUAACAAUGCUCCCCCCACCAGAAUUGCCUGCCCCUUGUGUGGCCAGACGAUACCAAGAUACAGAAUCAACCAGCAUAUUGACGAAGGAUGCAAAAGUAAUCAGAAUGAGGACAAUGUGAAUGGCUUAGCAUCGGCUAAAGCUGGGCCUGUGGGUUCGAGUCCAUAUUUUGCAACUAAGCUCCCAACUCCAGAGAAAAAAUUCAGCCUUUCAGGAGGAGACAAUCUGGAGACAAAAAGAGGGUCAGGAGAAGAGACGAGUCCUUAUUUCAAGAAAGUUUCAAGAAAACUAGCGCUGCUUGAUGAUCAGCCUAGAGUUGGUUCCAUUAAAACUAUCUCCCUGGGAACCUUGUCGACCAGAUUGUCCAGGAGGCGUCAUGGUGGCAGCAGGGAAGGGUUGACUCCAGAUGACCAACCUUGUCCAACUCAAGCUGGCGUCACAGAGCAGAAACCCAUCCAGAAACCUGUCACUUGGGGCGAAGGCUCCCCGAAGGAGAACCAGUUGUCCCCACCAAGGUUUCAGAGCUGUCAUGGAGCUCCGGAAGGUGUGAACAAGGAUUGUGAACAAGAAGAUGGCCCUGGAUCUCUUUCUGAUGGUCUGGAUGAUUCUGCUCUGGUAUCACGGUCACUCGGUGGCAGAGAACUGUCAAGAAAAACCCAUCAGCAAGUCAGUAAGCCCCUGAAGAAUCCAGAUGUGCACCAGUUGGGAAUGUCUUCAGUAGCUGAGGAGGAAGGGCUGACAGCAACUGUUCCUAAAGAAGAGCCAUCCAAGUUGGAAUCCCAGAGUUUCCCCUCUAACAAGCCAGCUCCAACGACAGGAGAAGGCUGUCGCCGUGAGAUGCAAACGUUCUCCAGUCCCACAGGAGAUGCAACGGAAGGGCCUUCUAGGGAAGAGGAGGCAGGGGCCAGAACUGAACUGGAGGAUGAAGCAUGUUUGGCAGCUUUAGAAAAAGCGAGUUUUCCAAAUUCAAGUGGGAACGUUGGGCCUGGGCUGGAUUCAGCUGGGCACCCCUAUUAUCUUCGAAAUUUUCUCAUGAUCCUGGAGGCUGUGCUGGAGAACGAAGACGACCGGAGACUGUUCAACGAGGAAGAUUUGGAGGUCACUGUUCGGUUCUACAAACUUUCAGCCAGUGGACAGAAACUCUACAUUCGGCUUUUCCAGCGUAAACUGGCCUGGAUAAAGACGAAUAAAAUAGAAUAUGCAGAGAUCAGCUCGGAUCUUUCACCGGUCAUCCAAGAGCUUGUUGAAGCAGGAUUCCUGCAGUCUGAGGCCGAACUGCAAAGCCUGUCGGAGGUCCUCGACUUGCUUUCCGCCCCGGAAUUGAAGACUUUAGCGAAAGAAUUUCACUUGAAAAACCCAACUUCUCCCAAGCAGCAGCUUCUGGAAGAGUUCCUCCGGUUGGCAAGACAGCGCUCCGUCUUUGGCCCGCGCCAAGCUGGGAUUGGCGGCGUCAUUGUAAAGAGGGCUAAAGUUCUUGCGGGGAAAUGCAUCAAGGUUUGUAGAGGCCCCCGAACCGUUUUUUCUCACGUGCUGCUGCUUUUCUCCCUGACGGAUCCCGUGGAGGAUGAAGAAGCGGGAAGUGGCGGCCAAAGACAACUUUCUACGGUGCUGAUGGUCAACAUGGGCCGGACCGUCUUCCCCACUUACACAGUCAACAGGAAAACGCCAAUAUUUCAAGAUCGGGAUGAUUUCCUUAGGUACGCUGCCGCUGCGCACACCUCCAAUGAUAUUUGUGUGGCGAUGACUGGCGGGAACUGGGAAGAGGCGCGAUGCCUGUACGAGGCUGCAAAAGCAUCUUGGCAGGAGCUGAAAGGACACCCUUCCCUCAGCCGUCACCAAGCCCUCCCAGAAUUCCUGCGGCGUUUCACCGUGGGGUGGCUGUACACACGGAUCCUCUCUCACGGGGUAGAGAUCUUGCAGAGGCUUCACAUGUACCAGGAGGCAGUGGAGCAACUGCAAGAACUUCUGGAUCAGGAAGACUAUUGUGUGGACAGCCGAGGACAGUGGUGGGAGCGUCUAGCUCUGAACUUACACCAGCACUUGAAAGACACCAAGAAGGCGGUUGCGUCCAUCCGGAAAGGCCUCUUGGAUCCCUUUCUUCGUCCGGGCCACCAGCUUGGUCUCUCCCAGCGAGUCCAGAGGCUGAAAGACACCCCAGCCUGCCAGAAGGUCAAGCAUCUUCUUCGCGAACUGCCUCUCCUUUCUGUGGAUGAUGUUACUCAUGUUACCAUCAAAGGAAAACUCUGCCCACAGACCGGGAUGGGCAAAUCCAUGUUUAUCCUGGACAGCCAAACGGAAGGAUCUGAAUCCUUGACGGUGGUCUGCUCCGUUGAGGAACUGGCCUUAGCCCACUACAAGCAGCAGGGCUUUGAUCAAGGGAUUCAUGGCGAAGGGUCCACCUUUACCACCCUCUACGGGCUCCUGAUGUGGGAAAUCCUUUUCAUGGAUGGCGUCCCUGAUGUCUUUAGGAACUCCUACCAGGCUUUCCCGCUGGACCUGUACACAAGCAGCUUUUAUAAGAAUCGCCAGGCGGCUAUUGAGGCAAGGUUGCAGUCGCUGCACGAUGCUUCAACCGAGACCCUCCAGAAGUGGGUGGGCGAAGUGUGGGGUGCCCAGGAGGGCAAAGCCUCAGUGCUGAUCGGCUGGGACCUCUUCUCUUCCCUCCAGCAAGCCCAGAGCCUGGUCUGCUGCUUAGGAGGCCCCUUCCUGAGUGGAGUUUGCCGGCGACUCUCCCGAGAUCUGCGCCAUUGCAGGGGGGGCCUCCCUGAUCUUGUGGUCUGGAGAACGGAAGAGCGGCAAUUUAAGCUGGUGGAGGUCAAGGGGCCCGGCGACCGCCUUUCGCACAAGCAGACGGUGUGGCUGGACGAGCUGCAGAAGUUGGACGCCUCGGUCGAAGUUUGUCACGUGGUGGCCGUCGGGUCUAAAAGUCAGCGCCUGACCUGAAGGGGUGUGU